CGGGGGGGGGGUUGAGAUGAACGAGAGCUGCACAUUUGCCUGCCCAAAAAUUUGAACAAAGUAUUUGACUUUCUGAUAACUUUUUAAAAUGCUUACUGUCAAUGUUUUUCGCCGUCAUGAUAGAUUUUAAGAGAAACUGAGUUUUGUGGUAGUACUCGUUACUUUACUGGGAGAAAGCCAUUUAAAAUGAGUGUUUGUUAACAAAUAACGAUGUCCUUUCCUCAUUGACCGGAAUUCGAGGAGGAGCGCAGAGUGUAUUUAAUAAAACAAACGUUUGUAAUGUUCAACAUUGAGAUUUCGAUUGUAUCUACGUAGUUCUGUCUAUUUCAUUUUUUAGUCAUUUUUCGAAAUAUUUGUACAUCAAUUUGUUUGAUUUAGAAUCAUUACAAAAAAUCAAUUCAUCUUCAUUAUGUUGAAGAAGUUUUUAUUUGAUUUAAUUUCUUUUUCUUUUUAUAUAGCUUCAAUAAAUGCUGCAAUUUCAUUUCCAACAAAAGCUCCAUUUAAUUUAUGUUGUGAUACAAGCGAACGAUAUUUAGCUGCAAGUAUUGAUAAAACAGUUUAUGUUUAUGAUAUGCGUACACUUGAAAAACCAGUCAUUGUUCGUGAAGAACAUGAACCAAUUGUUGAACUUGCAUGGAGUCGAACUGGGUAA